AUGCCUGCUGUGAAACGAUCUGCUCCUAAGCAGGAGGCCGGCGGCACGCGCCGGCGAUCUGGCCGCUUAUCUAGCACACAGCUGAAGAGCGCCUAUUUUGAAGGUUCAAGCGACGACGAGGAAGAAGAGAAGGUUCUUUCUGGACGCAAGAAGCGCGUAACUCAACCAAAGAAGCGAUCUAGACACGCAGAGAGCGAAUCCGAAGGAGAGCAGUUCAAAGAAGACUCGGAAGAGGAAGCAGAAGUACAGCCGAAAAAGAGAUCCCGCGGACGUCCUGCUAAGAAAGCCAAAGAGGAAUCUGAAGAGGAUCAGUACAAUGAUGUGCCUGAAGACGAAGACAACAAGGACGAUGAGGAUGAUGAAGAGGAUGAUGACGGGCCGAGAAAGGUCGAGAUUAUCCCAUUGGAGAAGAUGAGAGAUACGGGAGGUGUGGAGUACGAGGACCACAAGGUGCACAAAAACACUAUGCUGUUUCUCAGGGACUUGAAGGCGAACAACAAGAGGCCGUGGCUUAAGGCACAUGAUGGAGAGUACAGGAGAGCGUUGAAGGAUUGGCAGUCGUUUGUCGAAACGACAACGCAGACGCUUAUUGAAGUCGACGAGACCAUCCCCGAGUUGCCCGCCAAGGACGUCAUAUUUCGCAUCCACCGCGAUAUUCGCUUCAGCAAAGAUCCCACCCCGUACAAGCCUCACUUUUCCGCCGCGUGGUCUCGCACGGGCCGCAAAGGUCCUUACGCAGUGUAUUACAUCCACUGCGAGCCCAAGUCUGCCUUCAUCGGUGGCGGCCUCUGGCAUCCGGAGGCGGCAUACCUGACGAAGCUGCGGCAGAGCAUCGACGAGAGGCCGCAGAGGUGGCGCCGAGCCUUUGAUGACCCGCUCUUCAAGAAGGAGUUUUUCCCUUCAGUCAAGGCCAAAGAUGGAGUCGAGGGCGUGGUUAAAGCCUUUGUGGCGAAGAAUCAAGAGAAUGCACUGAAAAAGAAGCCAAUGGGCUACGAGGUCACGCAUCGUGAUAUAGAGCUCCUUAAGCUUCGAAACUACACCGUCGGGACCAAGAUUGACGACGAACUGCUAAGCAGUGACGAUGCGCAAGCAAAACUCAAGGACGUGCUGAGAGGCCUGUCUGGUUUUGUUACUUUUCUUAACAGCAUUGUUAUGCCUGAUCCUAAUCUCGAUGACGAUGAGAGUGACGAUGAAGACGGCGAGGACGGCGAGGAGCAGCAUAGUGAUGAUGAAGAGGACGAAGAAUAA